GAGUGAGAGAGAAAAAGAGAGGAGGAGCAGGGGCGUGUGGUGAACUGUCCGUCUCCAAUCUCAGACAGAAAACCUUUGCGCCUUACUUAUUUCCCAGACUGGGAGGGAGCGACUCUGUUAUUUUUACACAUAACUAGACACACACAUUAAAAAAUGCGUCUCCCUCGAAAAUGUUGGACAUUAUGCACCAUAAGUAUCAUAGUCAUUUUUUUUAAAACAAAGGACGUAACAAGAUCGGAGCAGCAGCAAACGCAAAUGGGGGAUGGAGAAGCGAGUCCAACCAGACUGAUGGUUAAUACUUCCAGAAAAGUAAAUAGGAAGAAUGUGCUUCCACGCUUCCAGCACUCUGUGGAGGGUUGGAAAAACAAUGCAUCUCUAGUGAACAAGAUCAGGAAGGAUAUUCUUCGAUUUUUAGACGCUGAGAGAGACAUAUCAGUAGUGAAAAGCAGUUUGAAGCCAGGCGACAUUAUUCAUUAUGUGCUGGACAGGCGCCGGACUCUCAACAUCUCUCACAAUUUACACAGUCUUCUCCCGGAAGUGUCCCCUAUGAAGAACAAGCGAUUCAGUACUUGUGCAGUUGUUGGAAACUCUGGGAUUCUCCUGGGUAGUGGAUGUGGAAAGGAGAUUGACGGUCAUGAGUUUGUAAUAAGGUGUAACCUUGCUCCCCUCGUGGAAUAUGCUGAUGAUGUUGGACUCAAGUCUGAUUUUGUCACAAUGAAUCCAUCAGUCGUGCAAAGAGCUUUUGGAAGUCUUCAAAGUGAGACAGACAGAGAGAAAUUUGUCGACAGACUGGCUGUGUUGAACGACAGUGUUCUGUGGAUCCCCGCUUUCAUGGUUAAGGGAGGAGAAAAACAUGUUGAAUAUGUAAAUGAGCUGAUUCUGAAGAACAGGCUGAACAUCCAGACAGCCUAUCCAUCCUUACGACUCAUUCAUGCUGUCCGAGGAUACUGGCUGACAAACAAGAUUUACAUCAAACGACCAAGCACAGGUUUACUGAUGUAUACACUUGCAACUCGAUUCUGUGAUGAGAUCCACCUUUACGGAUACUGGCCUUUCCCAAAAGAUGCGAAGGGGACACUGGUUAAAUACCACUACUAUGACAACUUAAAGUACAGAUACUUUUCUAAUGCUGGACCACACCGAAUGCCACUGGAAUUCAAAACAUUAAGAUCUUUACAUGACAAAGGAGCUCUGAAGCUAACAACAGGGAAAUGUGUGUAACCCUAGACAUCAAAGCUGAAAAGCAGAGUUGGUGUGAUAUUUGCACACUUAGAUUUUAUGUGAAAAGGUAACUCCUCAGUGAUAAUUACAACAAUGCUGUAAAGUGCCCAUUGCCCAGCUAAGUUUACAGCUUCAGAUUGUUGUGAUGAAAUAAUAUAAUCUCACUGUUAGGAGCAAAGAUCAAGCAGUGAUGUGUUAACAGUGAUUGAAUAUUGAUUGACAAAAUGGUCCAGGUCUGUGAGCACUGUCAUCACUAGUAGGGCUCUGCAUUUAUUGUAGCCUCCGAAGUCCUGAGGACUAAUCAGGCUUGGUGUUAACUAGAGGUCAGUAUUUGUCUUGAGCAGCUGUCUCAGCAAGCAAUCGAUGCCAAAGUGCUUUCUGAGUGUUAUACAACUGAGUCACAGUUUCAAGAUACAAUGUUAUUGUCUGCAUAUGUGAAUCAGCCAAGGGUAAUAUCAGUUAUAAGAAUUAAAAGGCCAUGAGAGGACUUAAAGUCUGAUAGCACCCCAGCUCGGUGUUGUUGGUAGUUUUAUAGCUCAAUGAAUGUAAAGAAGUUGUCUUAUGUGGUGUGCUGAAUGUGAACUGUAAAAAGUUAAAGGUGCCCUUUCUGCCGGUACCAAAGAUCUUUAUAUACUUUUCCUGUUAGAAGUUGCUUGUAAAGACUGAUAUUUCAGAAAUUACUAGGGUAAAGUGUUUUUGUGCAAUUACUACAUUUGUGGUUUCAGCAGGAGGAACCAGGAGAUAAAGAAGGAAGAGUGGACAGAAUAAAAAGCACAUGUCUUUUUUAAACAAAAGCACAGAUUACCAGAUCCUUAAAACGUGGGGAAUUCUCUUAAUUUUUUUAAAAAAUCAAAUUGGUACAUUUGAUAAGUUCACUCACUGACAAAUUCCUCUAUCAAAUGUUCUGAAUCAUGCUGUGAGUGGUGGAAAAUCCUAUUUCCUAUGUUGCAUAUUCCUGUUAACCAAACAAUUAGCCAUCAGCACCAUUAUUCCUUUCUGUAAAUAUUAUGUAAUGUAUUUUCUGUGGUAACAUUGUAAAAAUUUCUGCUUACUUUUAAAUUAUUUGUUUAUGCAAUUCUUUAAAACUCAUCCAGGAGAAUCCCAGGUCACCUGAGUCUGGUCCCAGUUCCUGAUGUUGAGACAGGCUUCUUGAUUGCACAAUGGCCAACAAAAAUGUGGUUGCAACGAAGUUCUGCCUGCAACACUGGGAAUUGGCAGGAGUGACUCAGGACUUUCCCAGACUUAGAACCCUGCAACGUUUAAUUUCAUUUCGAGAGAUUGUCUUCUGCAAAUGUUGGAACAGAACUAUAGUAUCUAAUGGCUUGGAAUUUCCUUGAGCUACACUGUUGUUGCCCCUUUAAAAAAAUACAUAGACUGGAAACUUCCAGAGACAGUUGCA